ACUCUCCGAUCCGAACGCCAAAAUUGGUCUCCCCCACUUCGACAUUUGCGAUGCAAGAUCUCAAGCAAUGGGAGUUGAAUGUGCAUGAUGGUGUGUGAAAAUUUGCAUGCGGUUUGAGUGAUUUCUGUUGGAGACAAAUGAGUGCGGAGAAGUUGGGAGGAUUGGUGAAUUUGAAGAAAAAAAGGUCAUUGGAUCUCCAGACAUUGUAUCAGACUGAGGCUGGUAACAGGGGAAGGAGUGAUAGUAAAGGGAAACAUAAAGAGGAGGAAGAUAGAAAUGGGGUUCGGCGAAAGAGGAAGCAGAAAGGCACAAAGGAGGUGUGCUCCGCUAGGUUGGAUCAGGUAGAUAAGAGUAGCAGCAGAGUGGACGUGGAAGAAGCUAGCGGGUUUGAGGCGCAGCAAUCAAAUGCAGGAUCUGGUGACAGAUGGAAUGGGCUUCCUUAUUGCUUGUUGAGUGAGAACGGUGAUCCGGUUAGGGUUCCCAAGCGCCCACGCAACAUUUUCGUCCACAAGAACUCUAAAAACCAGACAGCUUCUCUAUCGUUGAGGUUGCAGGGUUCUGCUGAUUGCAUAAGAAAUUUACAUGAUGAAGUGGAUACGUCAGAGGAUGUUCAUCUGCCAAAGAAGGGAUCACGAAGUGAAGCUAGUGUUGUUGACCGGUUGUCUAAGUCAGGUAAAGCUUCUUUAGGCGUAGGAAAUGUUGUUUGUAACAAACCAAAGCAGAAAGUUGGUGUUAAUGAGUCCAAGGGACGUAAGAAUGCCCGUCUUCCAAAGAAGCCAGGCUUACCAGUAAAUGAAUCCAUUGCUGAUGAUGAUAUGGACAAGUUUUGUAAACAUUUUGCAGGCAAUGCUGCUAGUGAGAAAUUCAAGCCGAAGGUGGGUGUUAACAAACCUAAAGGGCAUAAGAAUGCUCACAUGCCAAAGAAGUCGAGCUUAUCAGUAAAUGAACCCAGUGCUGAUGAGGGUAUGGCUAAGUUGGGUAAACCUUUUGUAGGGAUUGCUGUUGGUGAGAAGUUAAAGCCGAAGGUGGGCGCUGAUGAAUCUAACAAGCGUAAGAAUGCUCGCCUACAGAAGACACCAAGCUUAUCAGGAAAUGAAACCAGUGCUGCUGAUCAGAUCAUUUAUAUGGGUAAAGUUUCUGCAGGCGGUGCUGUAAAUGGCAAGUAUAAGCGGACGGUGGCUGUAAAUGUAUCCAAGGGGAAUAAGAAUAUCAAGGUUACUUCAGCUAAACACACUAUGGCAGAAGAUGAACAUUGUAUUAUAAAAAAUGCUGAUGCAUCUUCAAAAAAGCGGCGAAGAGUUCAUAGGAAGGAAAAAAAUCUGCAAUCCCGAGCCUUGGAUUCUGUAAAGGAUGUUAAAUCUCCAGUGGCUAAUACAACUCAUUGCUGUGAUGAUUUUCAAGAUGAUGACGAUGAAGAAAACCUCGAGCAAAAUGCUGCCAGGAUGCUCUCUUCUCGAUUUGAUCCACGCUGCACAGGUUUUUCUUCAAGAAGAAAAUCUUCUGCGUUGUCAUUUGCCAACCAGGUGUCCUCACUCAUCUCUUCUAAUGAUCUUACUAGUCAGGAUGCUAACUCUCUAGCCAGCUCAGAGGCUGCAGCCGGAGUACCACCAAUGGAAAAAGAUCAUAAAGAGAAGAGUGUCCCACGAAAGCGCCGUCAUUUCUACGAAGUUCAUCUGAAGGACUUAGAUGCGUAUGAGGUAUUGAAUAAAAGAAUCCAAGUAUUUUUCCCAUUAGAUGAGACUUGGUGUUGUGGCUUGCUCAAGGACUAUGAUCCAGAAAAGAGACUCCAUCAAGUCAAGUAUGAUGGUCGAGAUGAAGUAUGGAUCAAUCUUGAAGGUGAAAGGUUCAAGCUCUUGCUUUUCCCAAGCGAAGUUCCUGGAAAGGAUAAGUCCAGAAGAUCUGCAAAGGGAAGUAGAACUGUAUGCAAAGACAAAACAGAUUUGGAUGUUGAUGGAGACAGCCAUUCAGGGAGCUAUUUGGAGUCUGAGCCCAUUAUCUCUUGGUUGUCUCAUCGAUUUAAAUCUUCUUCCAGGCCUUUGAAGAAACAGAAAAUAUCAGAGCAGUCUUCCUCUAUUUUGUCAUUGCCAUCACAUGACCAACAUGAUGAUACAAAAGACAUUUUAGGCUCCUUGGAUAUAAAAACUGAUGCGGGAAAGGCUGGGAAGUCUUCCUCUGGAAGUGGUAGUGUCUCAGAGAACAAAAUAACAAUUGUUUAUAUGAGAAGGCGUUUUCGGAAGAAAGUUGAAGGACAAUCUUUCACCGAAGAUGGCACGACAUGUGAAAAGAUGGCACUAGCUACUUCCUCUGUGAACAAGUUGACUCUGAAAUCUGAAGUGAAUACCUUCCCGGGCUCACAAAAUGAUGCUAUGCUGUGGUCUAUUGAUGAUGAAGGCCUCCUAAGCUUAUGCUUGCCAUUUAUAGAGUCCAGACACUUCACCUAUGACAUACACCUACCAGCUUUAUCUUGUAUUCAGCAUGAUGCAGAAUACAUCUGGCUGUCUCGUAUAGUUUUGUUGCUGCAACAUGGUGCCAUUGUGACAAAAUGGCCAGAGGUUAUCUUAGAGAUUCUUUUUGUUGAUAAUACUGUUGGACUGAGGUUUCUUUUGUUUGAGUGUUGCCUAAAGGAUGCUAUGGUUCUUGCAUUCAUUGUUAUGUCAUUUUUUAGUAAACCUGAUGAACACUUGGAGUUUGAAGAUACUUGGUUGCCGGUUACUUCUGUACAAUUUAAACUCUCUAGAGUUCAAGAUAUGAAUAAGCAGAAAGCAUUUGUAUUUUAUGGCUUUUCUAAACUAGAAAGCUCAAAGUGGAUAUAUCUUGACUCCAAGCUACGGCAUCAUAGUUUUCUUGCUAAGGAUCUGCCUCUCUCUGAAUGCACAUAUGAUAACAUCAAAUCCCUUGAACAUCCAAGCAAUCAGUUUUCAGCACAUAAUCAUCAGAGUUCGCAAAAGAAGCCUGUGCUGUGUAGUUUGGCCAUGGGCAUCGCGAAAGAAUCCCACAUUAUCAGAAAUAGCCAUCCACCUAGCUCUGAUUCAAAAUUUGGACAAGUUAUUCCACUUUCUUCUCCAUAUUCUGCUGCACCUGCUCAGUUCUUGAGUCUGCAUCUACAGUUGCUCAUGGAACGUAACCUUGCAUGCCAUGGAACAACUGGCCAGCAUGUUAUACAUGAUACCAGUCAAGGGAAGUUAUAUGGCAAUGUUCCAGAAGCAACCUUCAAAAAUAAUAUGGAACCCUUGGUCCCUUUAGCUACUUCCACUGAUUUUGAAGGACUGGAGAACAAUGCUCCCAUUGACAUUGAAGUGUUGGAGAAGGAUGCUUCCACUGACAUUGAAAGGUUGGAGAAGAAUGCUCCUACCGACAUUGAAGGGCUGGAGAAGAUUGCUCUCGCUGACAUUGAAAGUUUGGAGAAGAAUGCUCCCACUGAAUUUGUAGGGUUGGAAAAGAGUGCUUCCACACACAUAAAAGGGUUGGUGAAUAAUGCUUCCGCAUACAUUGAAGGGUCAGAGAAGAACGCUUCUAAUUUGGUUCUGUCUCAACUGCAAUUUUGUACUGGUGAUGAACAGUCAUACCCAGUUGCUGCAUCUCCACAACCUGCUCUAGACCAUGUUAAUAAUGCAAUCCCUUCACUGGAUCAAGUUGAUCUUCCUUUUAACGGAAGGGAACAUUUUUCUGUCAUUCCCCAGAGCCCCAAUCAAAAUGGUCCAAGUGCUUCAUGCAAUUUAAUUCAUCAGAACCAAAACAUUUCACUUUCUUCACCUGUGGGAGAACUUUCACCUGUGUGGUCGGAUGUGAAGAUGAGCUUCAUGCACAAUGGAUUUGUUAAUGGCCCUAAGAAACCAAGAACUCAGGUCCAUUACACGUUGCCCUCUGGAAGUAAUGAUUUUGGAUCAAGACACAAAAACCAAGGACAAAAGAAUCUUCAUUGUAAACGGAUUAGGAGAGCUAGUGAGAAGAAGAUUUUUGAUGGUGGUAGGAGCUCUCAAAGAAACAUUGAGUUUUUGGCAUGCAAUGCAAAUGUGUUAGUUACUGUUGGGGACAAAGGAUGGAGGGAAAAUGAUGCGCGUGUGGUCUUAGAAGUUGCAGAUCACAAUGAAUGGAGGCUUUCUAUUAAAUUUUCUGGUUCCACAAAAUAUUCAUGCACAGUUCGCAAUAUCUUGCAACCUGGGUCAACCAACCGCUUCACUCAUGCUAUGAUGUGGAAAGGGGGAAAGGAUUGGGUUUUGGAGUUUCCUGACAGGAGCCAGUGGAUGCUGUUCAAGGAGAUGCAUGAAGAAUGCCACAAUCGUAAUAUCCGUGCUGCUUUGGUUAAGAAUAUCCCAAUUCCUGGUGUUCGGUUGAUUGAAGAAAUGGAAGAUGAUGCUGCGUGCAUUCCCUUUGCUCGCAGUUGUCCUGAUUACUUCCAUCAGGUUGAGAAUGAUGUUGACAUGGCGAUGAAUACUUCACGAAUCCUGUAUGAUAUGGAUAGUGAGGAUGAAAGUUGGCUCUCAUCCAACCAAAGCCUCUCACACUCUGGUGGAUAUAAUGAGAUAUCAGAUGAGUUAUUUGAAAAGACAAUGAACAUGUUUGAAAAAGUGUCUUAUGCAGAACAGCGUGAGAACUUUACAUCUGAUGAGUUAGAAGAAUUGAUGGCUGGGAUAGGUUUUAUGGAAGUGGUGAAAUCUGUUUAUGAACACUGGAAGCUUAAAAGGAAGAAAAAUGGCAUGCCUUUAUUGCGUCAUUUCCAGCGCCCUUUAUGGGAAAUGUAUCAGCAACAAGUAAAAGAUUGGGAGCAAGAGGUUUCCAAGGCUGUGGCUGCAAAUCACGGGAAAACACCUCUCAUUGAGAAACCACCAAUGUUUGCCUUCUGUUUGAAGCCUCGGGGUUUGGAAAAUCCUAACCGUGGUUCAAAACAGCGUUCUCAGAAGAGAAUGUCAAUCGCUGGACAUAAUCAUACUUCUUUCAGGGAUCAAGAUGGUAUCCAUGCUUUUGGGAGGAGAAUGAAUGGAUAUGCACUUGGAGAUGAGAUGAUUGUGUAUACUGGAAACAACCAUGAACUCUUGGAUAUUGCUUCUUCUCCAACUUGUCAUGCUUCAAGAAGUGCCUUUUCUCCACGCGAUGCCAGUGGAGAUUUCUCUUUGAACAAUGAGGGCUAUGAGUGGAACCAUCACCCAAAGCUCCAGAGAAAUAAAUCGAAGAGGAUUGGGACGAUCUUGCCACCUGGCAGCCCACAUCUGGUUUCUUCUCAUGACCGGAGAAUCACAAAGAGGAACGGUUUUCAUUCGUCUGAUUGGUCAAGCCCGAAGCUCGAUCAACAUUUUGAUAUGCCAAAUGUUCAGGAGUUGAGGCUCCGCGAUGCAUCCAGUGCAGCCAAACAUGCCUGCACGGUGGCAAAACAAAAGCGCGAAAAGGCGAAGAGGUUAAUGUAUACGGCUGACAUGGCAAUCCAGAAAGCCGUGGUAGCUCUCAUGAACGUGGAUGCAAUGAAAGCUUCUGCCACUGAUCAGAAUCAUCGCCAAUGAUAAUAUGUGAUUCUUUUUGGGGGCUUUUAAAAAAAGAUCCCGGACCUUAUGCCGCGUUUGGCUAUACACAGGUUCUCACAGAAACGGAUUUUGAUUCAAUUCCAUCCUUUGUCUAUAAAAUUAGAAUGUAGAUUUCUGACAUGAUGGCCGGAGCAGAGCAGUCACUGUGGUUACCAAGAGAGCUUUUCUACACAGAAAUCUACCAUCCUUUUUCCCCGGGGUUCGUUCAUUUCCAGUUUGCCACAGUGCUGCACGGCUGGUUUGAUCGCUGACCUGGCGGGUCGGGAUUUCGUUUUGUCCCUCGUUUGUACAUAACGAUGUUGCUCUCCUCUUUUUGGUUUUUUAUGGUGGUCUCUUUAGCUCUCGGGUUAACCCGGCCUGCCCCAAAUAAUAUGGAGUAUUGAACAAAAAAAUAAUAACAAUUCUGGAAGCUAUAUAUGAUGAGGUUGAUUUUAGAUAGGGCAUUGAAGUAGAUCUUUUUUUUUGUAUUGUUGAGAGCACAUUGAGUAGGGAAGAAAUGAAAAUAUAUCUUGUGUAAGUAAAUUUCUGGUUAAAUG